GGGCGGCUGCUGUGGCCCCGCCUCUGGGGAUUCGCUUUAAUUGAAUUACUGGAACUCCUGCAGGGGAGGCAGAUUUCCUCUGCUGCCCACAGACGGAGCGCUGCUGUCUGCCCUCGACUCCUCUGCUGACCGCUCAGUGUUUGUGUCCCAGGGGAAGAAUCACAGGAACCUUGCAGGGCUGUUACUCCACUUACCGCCUUUCUGAAGUUGAGGGUUCGACUCCUGAAUAGUUCUUUAACAGCCUUCAGCCAUGGGAAACAGCAAAAGCGGCGCCGUGUCCAAGGAGAUCCUCGAGGACCUGAAACUCAUCACCAAGUUUUCCGAGACUGAGAUAUACCACUGGUACGAAAACUUCAAGAAGCAGUGCCCGUCGGGCCGCAUCACAAGGGAGGAGUUUCAGAACAUCUACAGCAAGUUCUUCCCGGAUUGCGACGCCAACACCUACGCCCAGCACGUCUUCCGCUCCUUCGACACAAACGAGGACGGCACGCUGGACUUCAAGGAGUACAUCAUUGCCCUCCACAUGACGUCCACAGGGAGGACCACCAAGAAGCUGGAGUGGGCCUUCUCGCUGUUCGACGUGGACAAGAACGGCUACAUCACCAAAGCAGAGGUCACCGAAAUCUGUGCGUCAAUUUUCAAGCUGAUUCCCCCAGACGAAGUGGAGGAUCUGCCCGACGAUGAAAACACACCCGAGAAGAGGGUAGAGAAACUCUGGAACGUGUUUGAGAAGGCCGACAACGAUCGAGUCACGGAGGCAGAGUUCAUCAAGGGACUGCUGAGCAACGAAGACGCUCUUCGUCUGAUUCAGUACGACCCUUUGACAUAACUAUCUGCUCCCGCCGACGCAUCCAGAGGUUUUCCACCCGGCCCUUCAUCGUGCUAAUGACACCUGGCCGUACCCUCACACAGGCCAUGUAACUAUAAUGCCUCGUUGCCCCACAUUAAACGACUCGUAAGCCCCCGUUUGGUUUUGUAACGCUGUUACCUGUGCAUGUGUGCCCCGCGAGAUAUUCUUAGUGCAUCGAAUGAAAAACCAAACAGCAGAAACCGGGAGAGCUGACCUGUCAGCACAAUCCUCAUAGCAGCCGUCUGAUGUUUUAAAGCUUCACGAUAGCCACACAUAGACUGCAGUUGUUCCUUAAACAGUAAAGGCAAACUUAGCUUCAUUUAUUUAUGCCUCUCACACUUUAGUUUUCAGUGGUUGCUUUUGCCAUCACUCAGCUUUUUUGUCCCAACCUCUAAAAAUGCUUUUCUGUCAUUUUCGUCUAAACGUGCGUCUUCUUUAAUGAUCUUCGAGUCUAUUGUUGUUGUAGAUAAGUAAUAAAGUGUUGGUCCUGGAUUUUUUUCCUUUGUACAAAACUCAAUAAACAAAACA